UCCUCUCUCCUCUCUCUCCUCUCGUCUUGAAAUCUCUCUCUCUCUCUCUAGGCAUUACCGAGCAUAUUCUCACUUUUGUGCUUUCUCUAGCUUUGCCUCAUUUGCUCACUCUUCACUUUCAGGCUCUCUUUCGAUCUGCAAUAAAUUUUAGUCUCGCCAUUUCCAUCUCUUCUAACAUUUUGGAAGUCAUGUGUGUGGAGGACAGUGAGAAGCUCAUGGCUGAAACGAUGGGUCUCUGCGAGGAGGAGGUAGAAGAAGGGCGUUGGCCUCUGCCUUCCUCUGCUGUAAUGGACAUGGAAAAGAAUCUGCACAUGAAUUAUUGUCUCGCUAAUUAUACCCCUAUGGAAAGCAUUUGUGAGAAUACUGUGGCAGUAGGUAAAACAGAAAAUCAAUCACUGAAAUAUGUGCCAGUGAUUCGUUCAGGGGAGUGGUCUGAUAUAGGCAGUCGGUUGUAUAUGGAAGACACUCAUGUAUGCAUUGCAGAUCUAGCUAAAAAGUUUGGAUUUACUUUUCUUAAUGGGGAGGCUGUCUCGUUCUAUGGUGUAAGUCAUUGAAUUUUCUCAUGCAUCGAAGCAUGCAAGUUCUGAUUUCCUAGUAUCAUGAAUGUCAAGUAACUGCCUUUUUCUA